AUGCCUCUUACGUUCCACCUUCAGUCGUAUGGGGUAUCAUUUCAGGCAGAUAUGCGUUCACUAGACGGGACGGGAGAGGCCGCGACGAGAGAUAAGGCCACGCGACGAGAGAGGAGGGGACGCGACGAGAGAGGAGGGGAUGCGACGAGAGAGGAGGGGACGCGACGAGAGAGGAGGGGAUGCGACGAGAGAGGAGGGGACGCGACGAGAGAGGAGGGGACGCGACGAGAGAGGAGGGGACGCGACGAGAGAGGAGGGGACGCGACGAGAGAGGAGGGGACGCGACGAGAGAGGAGGGGACACGACGAGAGAGGAGGGGACGCGACGAGAGAGGAGGGGACGCGACGAGAGAGGAGGGGUCGGAACGGGCGGGGACGAGAGGAGGGGCGUCGAGAGCAGAGGGGACGGGAGGGCACACCCUGUGGGUGGGAAGGGGUUCAGUCUCAACAGGCGCACAUCUGCCACAUCCCCUUUUCCUUACCCCCGUCUCCCAUGCCCUUCCCCUCAUCCCCCUUUCUCUUUCCUCCAUUCCCCUCCCCACAACAGCAUCCCCCUUUCCAUUUCCCCCAUCCCCCUUCCCGUCCCAGCAUCCCCCUUUCCCUUUUCCCCAUCCCCCUUCCCGUCCCAGCAUCCCCCUUUCCCUUUCCCCCAUCCCCCUUCCCAGCAUCCCCCUUUGCUGCCCCUUCUGCUAUCACCUCCCUUCCCCCUCUGCUAUCACCUCCCUUCCCCCUCUGCUAUCACCUCCCUUCCCCCUCUGCUAUCACCUCCCUUCCCCCUCUGCUAUCACCUCCCUUCCCCCUCUGCUAUCACCUCCCUUCCCCCUCUGCUAUCACCUCCCUUCCCCCUCUGCUAUCACCUCCCUUCCCCCUCUGCUAUCACCUCCCUUCCCCCUCUGCUAUCACCUCCCUUCCCCCUCUGCUAUCACCUCCCUUCCCCCUCUGCUAUCACCUCCCUUCCCCCUCUGCUAUCACCUCCCUUCCCCCUCUGAUAUCACCUCCCUUCCCCCUCUGCUAUCACCUCCCUUUCCUCCCAUGCCUCACCUCGCUUUCCUCCCUUGCCUCACCUCGCUUUCCUCCCAAGCCUCACCUCGCUUUCCCCACUUGUCUCCCCCCUACUUCCCCUAUUGCCCCAUCUGUUGACGUGCUUGUUCCAGCAUGGCGCCACAAACAGGUUGAAUCCUAA